AUGUCUGACCCUGGACUUGCCGCCAACCGAAUUUUACGUACCUUCUUCGCUAUACUAGGUACAAUACUCUGCUGGGUACCAUUCCGUCUCCUAGCUCGAAACGGAGAAUUUGUUGUCGUGGUCUUCAUCAUCGAUGUCGUGAUAGCGAACGUCUUCACCGUUCUCAACGCCUCGAUAUGGCCGGACGAUGAUAUGGCCAAGUGGUGGGACGGCACCGGUUUAUGCGACUUUCAGGCAUUUAUCACGUUUCCGCUAGAUACCCUGUACGCUGCUUGCAUUUUUGCGAUAAUGCGGAACCUCGCCCAGCGUCUGCGCCUGAAGCGAGCCAACAAUCUCACACCUCCAGAGAGAAGACGCCGUAUGCUUGUCCAGUCUCUCAUCAUAUUCCCCGUUCCAAUAGUCCAGCUAGCUCUUAUGUGGUUUGUCACAUCCAACCGAUACGCCAUAGCCCCUGUGAUUGGAUGCCUCGGGGCGUUCGACACGAGCUGGUUCAAGGUCGCAGUCCUCGGUAUUCCACCGGCAACUUUCGCUGUUGCUACUAUUCCUUAUGCAUUCCUCACCUGGAAGCGUUUCCGCGAAAUAUCGAAGACAACGAAAGUAGCCUUGACCGCGAACACACGGUCCAGCUCACGCGUUCGACAGCGCACGAGAAUACGGUUGUACCAGAUGGCUUUAUCAAUCAUUGUUCCAUACGUACCACUCCAGAUGGUAUUCUUUGGGGUGAACCUGACAACGACCAUGCGAAACCUACAUCCCUAUAACUACUACUCCAUCCACCAUAAUCCAGACCAUCCCUGGAGCGCCAUCAUCUUCUACAACUCUUGGGAUGUUGCCUUCUCAGUCAUGAAUCAACCCUGGAUCAAUAUAUUUACAACCAUUCCAAUUGUGCUGUUCUUCGGCAUGACCGACGAGGCGAACGAAGCUUAUCGCAGAUUUCUUACUCGAUUGAGAAUCGGAAGUUGGUGGAACGCAAGCAAGAAUGUUCAGUCUGUUGUAAAGGAGACAUCUGAGGAUAGUACUUUACCGCCAUCAGAACUUCCAAACCCGCAUCGCCAGACCAUUGUCACUUCUGCAGGGCCUUUCAUUCCGCCACGCCAUUCGUCAAAGUAUUGGAGGCAGUGA